AUGGUCACAUCCUCCUCCUACAGCUCCUUGCCUUACUCUCCUGCUGUGGCAUUCCUUUCGAACUUUGUGGAUGUAACAGCGCCCCGUAUGGCGCCUGAUGAGGAAGGGGAGCAAGUAGGCGAUUUCAUCAUGGGGAAGAUCAUUGGACACGGUGGAUUUUCUCUGGUGCGUGAGGCAUUUGCAAUUCAUCUGGAUGGAUUGGUUGCUUCAGUCGCUGUCAAGAUUGUCAAGGCUCAGACGGGUGCUACCGACAAUGACCGGAUCCAGCGAAUGUUGGACAAGGAGAUCGCCAUUUGGAGCCGGCUCUCACACCCGAAUGUGUUGCCCUUCGUGGCAGUGGAGAAGCUUCCGUCGGACACCUUCGUUUUCUGCGAACUAUGCACGGGCGGAAAUCUUUUGGACUACUUGACAAAGCAAGAAGCUUCUUCAUACAUGUCAUCACGUGCCAGUGGUGGCACAGUUGGCCUGGACGAGACACAUGCUCGACUGAUUUUUAACCAGAUUGCAGAGGCAGUCCGAUACCUGCAUGAGGAGAAGCGAAUUGUUCACCGUGAUAUCAAGUUGGAGAACAUUUUGCAGCACGAGGAUGGAACGUGGAAGAUUUGUGAUUUUGGCUUGGCAGAUGGCAUGGAUGUAGAAGUAGAGGAGGAGGAUGAUGUAGUUGGUGGCUCACUCGCUUAUUGUUCGCCUGAGCAGCUCAGAUCCCCAAAGCCCUUGCGAUGCCCUUCCACGGAUGUGUGGUCUCUGGGGGUGGUGCUGUAUGCUUUGCUGACAGGCCGAUUACCGUUCCAAGAUGAAUACGAGCCUCGUCUGCAGUUCCAGAUCUUGAAUGGUCGAUAUGAAGAUCCUACAGAGUGUAGUGCUGAGGCCCGUGAUCUGUUGAAGAACAUGUUCAAAGCCAAGGCUGGUGAACGACUGAAGAUUGGUCAGGUCAUUGAUCAUCCUUGGUGCAUCAACGCCACGCUGGAGGGUUCUUCUUCCUCUACAGCAUCAAUGACAACAUCAUUUGGAGGAUUUGGUGGAAGUAAUGGUUUUGGAGGAGGAAGCAAUGGCUUUGGCGAGAGCAACAACAGCAACAAUAAUGGCAACCACAGUGAUCAUGCCAAGAUGAAUAACUUUUUUGCAACAUUCCGGUUCUAA